AUGCUGCGCCAGGCACUUCGUAGAUUCAGUCAAAAACUGGUACGAAGACCUACGCUGAAGGAACCGGUGGCUGAGAAUGACCCACGGAGAAGUCUGAGCACUCUGAAUUUAGUGGCCCUGGGUGUGGGCAGCACAGUGGGUGUAGGUGUGUAUGUCCUGGUUGGCGAGGUGGCUGCCAGUCAGGCAGGACCAUCCAUUGUGAUCUGCUUUUUGGCGGCUGGACUAUCUUCAAUGUUGGCUGCGCUGUGCUAUGCAGAGAUUAGUGCCCGGGUUCCCCAUUCUGGUUCUGCAUAUCUCUACAGCCAUGUCACUAUAGGUGAACUCUGGGCUUUCAUCACUGGCUGGAACUUUAUUCUCUCCUAUGUUGCUGGUACAGCCAUUGUGAUCCAGGCUGGGACCUUAGCUUUUGACAUUCUACUUGGGAACCAGAACUCUCACACCCUCCAUGAGAGCAUCACACAGCAAGUUCCCCGUGUUCUUGUAGAACAUCCAAACUUCUUUGUUGUGAGCCUUGUAUACUUCCUCAUAGAAUUGCAGACUCUGAGAUUUAGUCAGUCUUUCAUGGUUACAAAAGUGAUCACAUCGGUGAAACUUUUGGUUCUUGGUUUUGUCAUCAUCUCUGGGUUCAUUAAGGGGGACCUGCACAACUGGAAGCUCACAGAAAAGGACUUCUUAAAGGCUGGACUCAAUGGUACCUCCACCUUGGGCCAUAUGGGCUCAGGAGGAUUUGCACCUUUUGGCUUCAAGGGGAUUCUCCGUGGAGCAGCUGCCUGUUUCUAUGCAUUUCUUGGUUUUGACAAUAUUGUUACUAGAGUCGAAGAAGCCCGGAAUCCCCAGCGUUCCAUCCCCAUGAGCAUUGUGAUUUCACUGUUCAUAUGCUUUUCCUUGUAUUUUGGUGUCUCUGUGGCACUUACACUUAUGGUGCCUUACUAUCAGUUUCAACGUGGAAGCACCUUGCCUGAGGCAUUUCUCCAUAUUGGCUGGGCCCCUGCCUACUAUGUUGUAGCUUUUGGAUUCCUCUGUAGUCUUUUGGCCAAUGUCUUGGGCUUUAUGGUCCCCAUAUGUCAGGUGAUAUACAAGAUGGCACAGGAUGACUUCUUAUUCCCGGCGCUUGCCAGGGUCCAAACUGGUACAUGUACCCCUCUCAUGGCAAAUGUGAUCUUUGGCAUUAUUGCACCAAUCAUGGCCUUCUUCUUUGGACUCACUGAUCUUUUGGACCUCAGUUCAAUUGGGAUCCUGCUUACUCAUAGCCUGGUGGCUAUUUUUGUUCUCAUCUGCCGAUACCAGCCUGAGAGGAGGAAUUGGGGAAAUGAAGCAGAGAUGCAGAAGGAGAAUGGACCUGCAGCAGAGAGGCUGACUCUACAGGGACUACUUUUUCCAUGCAGCCCCACCCCCACUCCACUUUCUGGCUGGGUUGUCUAUGUUUGCUCCUCACUGCUUGCUCUGCUGCUCACUCUUCUUUGCCUGGUGCUGGCCCAGUGGUCAGUUCUGCUUUCUGGAGACCCAGUGUGGAUUUCAGUGGUUGUGGUGCUCCUGGUGCUCAUCAUUGGGAUCACUGGGGUCAUCUGGAGACAGCCUCAGAGCUCCAGUCCCCUUCCCUGUAAGGUCCCUGCUCUGCCUCUCCUCCCACUACUGAGCAUCUUUGUGAAUGUUUACCUUAUGAUGCAGAUGACAGGUGGCACCUGGGCCCAAUUUAGUGUCUGGAUGUUGAUUGGGUUUGCUGUCUACCUCGCCUAUGGGAUCCAGUACAGCCUGUUCACUUAACCCCAACUAAGUUAGAGCCAAAACUAUAGGACUUGAACUCAACAGUGCCAGUACAUUCAGUUUGACAUCAUUACACCUGAAUGCAGUCAGGUCUCCUGCAUAAUAAUGGAGGGUACUCUUGAUCGCAUGAAAAGCUAGGCCUCCUGUGGAUUGUUUGUGGGGGAACACUAAUAGAGCUCUGUAUUUAUUACAAAAGAAUGGAUGUGUCUUUGCUCUUUCUCCUUUUUUUUUUUUAAUUAUUCUACUUGCAUUUGUGUUUGUAACUGCUAACAGGGUCAAAACAUUAUUAAAAGAAACUAGAAAAAGUGCUUCAUUUCUUUAGUUAAAUAUUUAGUACUGGGAGAACAUGGGUGGUUAUGUUCCUGGCUGGCUCAGUUGGUAGAGAAUGUGACACUUGAUCUCAGGGUGGUGUGUUUGAGCCCCUGUUGGGUGUUGGCUGAAAUUAUUUAAAAUAAUAUCGACUAGCAGAAUUACUGGUUCAUAUGGUAGUUCUAUAUUUAAUUUUUUGAGGAACUUCCAUCGUGUUUUCCGUAGCAGCUACAUCAA